AUGGAGAGACGGUCCUCUGCUUCCUCGGGGUCUUCUGCCCCGAACGGGGCCUCGGCGGGUCUCGCCAAGGAGGGGAACAGCGAGGAAGAGCGAUCGAGAGAGGAAGCGCUGCAAGAAGCCAGAGAAGAAGACGCGACGGCAGCGCCACGAGGAGGAGAUGAAGAAGACGCGGGAGGGCGGCAAGAAGGGAGCAGCGGCGACGAGGCAAACAAGGAUCGCGACUUAGAAUGCGAAAGGCAGACACAGGAGGAUGUGCCCGAGUUCGCGGAAGGCGAAGGGAGAGGACAGUCCGAUAGGAACCGUGAGGGUGCGAAUGCGGCGAAUGAAAAAAGCGACCCUUACACGAAGCGAAGGGGGGACAAUCAAACGGGGGAAGAGCAGCGGGAGGCAGGGGAGGGAGAAGGGAAGGAGCUUGCUGAAGAGCUCGAAGGAGAAGAAAUCAAAGAGGAGGCGCGAGAGGAACGCACGGGAGGGGAACCUGAGGCAGAUAAGGGCGAAGGGUUUCCGGCUGACGCGCGUCGUUAUGAAGCAGAGGAGAGAGGAGAGGGCAGAGGCUGCACGGGUGCCAGCGAGGGCGCCGAUGGAGACGACCGGGCGAACAGGGGUGAAGGCGAUCCCCGUCGCAGAGGAGCUCAUGACACACAGCAACUCACGACGAGGCGCCAGCGGGCGAGAGACAGGUGUUAUGGAAGUGUGGAUAUCCCCCAUCUCCCGCACACGCCAGAGGAAGGCGCGCUUCUCGCAGGGGUGCUGCCGCGAGGAGACGAUGCAGAGGAGGCAGUCUUGAACGGGAGCCUCCGGCGAGCUUCGUCAUGCCCCGCCGCUCUCGAGGGCAGACAGGGUCGUCUGUUGCUCGACAGCAGCACAGAGGAAGAAGACUCUUCCAGCGACGAGGAAGCCUGGCACAGCGUGGCUCCGCGGGGGGAAAAGAGAAGCGAAGAAGAGGCCGAAGAGGGCGACGACGAGGACGGUAGGACGCAAAAGCAGGGGCGAUUGCGCCGAGAGGGAGAGGCGGGAGAGCACCGCGGACAGGCAGUGGAGAGAGAGGCAUAUGACGAAAAUGGAGAGGAGCGAGAGAAGGUUGCUGAGCCGCUUUUUUCAGGGGACGAAUACAGAGAAGAGGAGGAGAACGAAGAAGAGGGGGAGGAAGAAGGCGAGACGAUCUGGGACUUGUGGGGUGGCGAGGGGCCCUCAGAAGAAGAUCUUCAUCUCCUCGAGCUGCUGAUGGGGCAGGGCCUGGGCGGCGCGAAGCGCAGUCGCAGGAAGAAGAGACACGAGCGGCAGCGCGGGGACGGCGAGGAGCUUUCGGGCGAUGAAGAGAUGGAAGAAAACUCGACGGAAGAGGGAGACGACGACCAUCGAAAAUCCACUUCUUCGGCGUGGCCUCCGUCAUCUUCCUGUGGAGACGACGCAGAUGGAAUCGACGAGCUCCUUAGCCGAGCGGCCGCAGGGGACAUUCAGGAUGAGCUUUUCGUGGUGAAGAAGAAGACUUUGGUCUUGGCCUUCGGCAGGAACAGCUACGGGCAACUCGGUUUUCCUCUCCGCCAGCCCUCCGCGCCGGUGGUCGUUGAGUUGGGCUCGCUCCGCCAUCAGCAGGUCUUCGCCACGCCUCCCUCGUCGCCUCCCGCCUCGGCGUCGCCGUCGCGCGUUUCGGCGCCGCCGCGUCCGCUCGGGGCUGCGCUUCGUCUCUCCUCGCCGUCCUCGCCUUCUCUCGGGCGCGCGCCGGCCGUCACGCGUGUCUUCUGCGGCAGUCACCACUCCGCCGCACUCGCAGAGGGCGGUUUCGUCGUCCUGUGGGGGAGGAACUCGGCUGGGCAGCUGGGCCGCGGCGGCUUCGAGCUCGAGGAAGAGGACACCGGCCGCGGCGGCGAGGGUCUCGAGGGCAGCGAGGCGACCCCGGCGCUUGCCGCCGCAGGCCCCAGGGGGGAGAGACUCCGGGCGAGGUUUGACCUCGCGCCCUCCCAGCGGCUCCCGCGGAAGCCUGCCCUCGCGCAGCAGAAGCAAGAAGAAGCAGAGCAGGGGGGAAGCGCGGCAGCAGCGGGCGCGCGAGAAGGCGGGGCGACGCGGGGCGGCCCAGCGCCGGACAAAGUGGCUGGUCGGGCGGCGGAAGCCGACGAUGGGGCCCUGGGCAGUCGAGGGGAGACAGGCACCGAGGCGUCUGCGCGCGGCCUCAGGCGCGCGCUGACAGGCGGGGGCAAGACAUCGGCUGGCUUCAGGCCAGGAGACUUUGAAAGCGAAUUCAGAAGGACGGAGAACGGCGCCGAAAUUGGCAAGCUCCCUGCGUCCUCGCCCGGGUCGUCCUCACGCUCGCCGUCGCGGGGGCGGAGCGAGAGCCCGACGGUUGUCGACGGGGAGCGCAGGCGUCCUGGAGGCGAGCGAGGGCGAGCGCUGAAUGGAGAGGCUGCCGCGGAUGAGGAGGGGGGCGCGCGGGGGCGACUGGCCCGCGAGCCCCCGCGGGUCUCUUCGCAUGCGGACGGAGGCGAGCACGAGUGCGAAGGAGGCAGCCAUGGCGCCGUAGGGCAGGCGGUGCGCCUGGCGAAGGACGUUUGCGAGGAAGGAGAGCGAUGGACCGAGCUUCCAUUCCAGCGGAAUUCCCGCCAGGGGCCGCGCCGUUCCCUCUCGUGUUCUCCCCCCGUGCUCGCUGCUUCGACGCAGAAUUUGGAAACCGAUCAAGAGGAGGAUACUCUUUCUCAUUCCUUCUCUGCCUCGUCGUCUUCUGUCUCUUUUCCCUCUGCGUCUUCCUCUUCUGCAUCUGCGUCCUCGUCCUCUGCGUCGGCAUCUUCUGCCUCUUCUUCCUCCUCGUCUUAUCUUGUCCCGCCUUCGACCCCCGCACCCGGUGCAGCCUCGCGACACGCGCCGUGGUAUAAGCGUCUCUUUGCGAAGCGCACCGCCUCCUCUCCCCCGGGGCCGCGGGCCGACCCCCCGGGGGCGAGAGACCCGCGACGGGCAGCAGCUGCGAGCCAAGACCCAGGGAGCCCGAGCGCUGGAAAGGCGGCGGCGGCGCCCUCGCAGCGGGAGACGCUUGCGCCGACGCCGCUCUCUCCCCAGCACGUCUCGUCUUCCGCCGCGGGGGGGAGGCGUCGCACCAAGGAGGCAUGCAUCGCCUCUUUGAGUUCUUCAAGCGCAAGGAGCGCGCGACAGAUGGUGAGCAAGCUGCGCCGUCGUCGGCCUCUGGGUCUCCUGGGGCGGACAGGUCCCCCCGGCGAGCACAGCAUCUUCCUCUGCCAAGACGGCUCCGUGUGGCUCUGUGGGAGCAACGUGGAGGGGCAGCUCGGCUUGAUUGUGAAGGAGACUCGGCGCCCUGCGCUCUUCGCGGGGCGACCGCGGCGCAUGCCUCUCGCAGACCCGUACGAUUGGCCUGAGUACCGGAAAAUCGCGGCCCCCAUCGCCUGCAUUGCGGCGGGCUACAAGCAUUCAGCGUUCAUCGAUGCGAAAGAUCGCCUGUGGAUGUGGGGGAGCAACCAGCGCGGUCAGUGCGGAGUGGACCCGGGGCCGGACACAGGAUUCCUCAUGCUGCCCUCGCGCGUGCGCUUCCAACAGAAAAACGUCACAGUCGUGCAGAUUGCGCUAGGCAAGCACCACAGUCUCUGCUUGACGGAUGAAGGGCAAGUCUUCGUUUGGGGUCGCGCCCGCUUCGGCGUCAUGGGGGCGGGACGACCUAAAGACGUGAGCACGCGCAACUGGUUUUUCUCUCGGCGGCAGACGGCUGAACCGCUCUGCGUCUCGACUCCGCAGCCGGUGCGCGCGCUGUGCAGCGUCCACGUAACGCGCAUCGCCUCGGGUGACUCACACUGCGCGGCGGUGGGCGUGCCUCGGCUGUCGCACACGGCGUACGAAGAAAUCUGCCUGCGUCAGCUGCAGGAGGAGGGCGACGCCGCGUUUCGCGACUACCUGCUGGCGGAGAUGAAGAAACGAUCUGCCCAGCCGCACAAUUCGGUCUUCUCGCCGCCGCAGCUGCAGAAGCCGCGCGCAUCGAGGGCGGACGCCGUUCUCUCGGGGGCUGUGCCGUACUUCUACGGCCCGCGCAUCAGCGCGGCCUCCUACUCGCUCUCGCGCCCGGUUGACGGGUUCCUCUUCUCCUCCCUCUCGCGAAGGCCGCCCUUCACGCAUGCGCUCGCAGCACCAGGCGGCAGAGAAGAGCCGCGGCAGGAUCCCCUUCCACCACCUUGGCCGCUCGCCGCAGCUUCAUCGCAGGCCUCGCGCGGUGAUGCGAGGCAGACCGCCCGAGGCACGCGCGCGCGCCGACGCUCCCUCCUCUUGCUCAUGAGUCCAGCUCAGAGAUACCGCGCGCGGCUCUUUGAAACCAAACGCGACAGCUGGGCGAGGGGCGGCGCCGAAACUGAUGACGAGCUUUUGUUGUCUGACCUGGAGAGGCGCCGGUUGUGGGGGUUCCCCAAGGGCGUGAGCGAGCCUUACGGCGUGGAGCGCGGCAGCGCGGCGCAUCGGGGCGGCGACCAGCUUUUCCUCUGGGGCCGAGGCACCGAGGGCGAGCUGGGCUGCAACGUGCUUCGCAACCAGUACAGCCCGAUGGAGCUGCCGUUCGUCUUGUCCUCGGGGCGCCCCUGUUACAUUCAAGUCCACGAGGUGGCGUUGGGAGGCGAUUUCACCCUCACUCUGGCGGCCUCGUACUCGACUUCCUUCCCGAUCCACGACCCCGUUCCUGCGCCGAGCCCGCGAGAAGGCGCUGCGGCGGCUGGGACGGUGUUGGAUGUGUACCGUGGAAAGCCGUCUGUCUCAUUCUCUCCGCUUUCGGCGCCGGUCGUUGGGGACCUUCUGGCGCGGCGACAGACGUUUUUCGCGAGCACUCAAGGGCACCUUUCGCUGGCGUCGUCGCCCAAGGGGUACCCUGUCUUGAGAGAGUCUCUGGUGAAUCCGUCCGCGCGCUCUUCGCGUGUCUCUAUCGCCUCCUCUUCAGUCGGAGGCUCGCACCUGAGUGGAGGGGCUGGGCACGCGGAAGACGGCGUCCCGUCCGCUGGGAGACGCGACAGGGCGGAUGAACCUCGCGUCACUCGGGUGGGAGGAGGGGGAGGCGGAGGAAGGAGGAAGGGCGAGGGCGAAGGAACGGAGAACUUGGAGUUGUCGGAUGGCGGCGGACGCGACGGGCCUCUUGGGGGCCGGGGAUCCUUCGGCAGUGAAGAAGAAGAAGGAGGCCAGGCUUCGUCAGGAGCGGGCGCUGGAGCCCAAGGAGCCCGAACUGGCGGAGACUCCCGAGAGCGGGGCGAGGCAGAGGUGUUUGCGGGUGACCACGCCUCAGCGAGUGGCGCGCACGCUAGAGAGGUGAUGGAGGCCAGCGCGACAGGCAAUCUAGGCGCAGCGAGUGAAGGGGAGGGCGCCUCGCAGGAAGAGGACGGUGACGACGACGCGUUCCUUGCGCGGGUCCUCCGACGACAGGGGCCGCGGCGGUCUUCGUAUUCGCUUCCGGUUCUCCCUAUCAUGGGAGAAAGAAGCUGCGCAGAGGAGCCCGAGGAGGCUCGUGUCCCCUCGAGGGACGAUUGGCGUCUCCGCCGCACGUCCUCCUCCGUCCAGCUGGCGGCCCGCGGCCCGCUGCCGCCGCCUCUGUCUCUUCCUGUUUUGUCUGUCGCACCGCCGCCCAGCAAGGACGGCUAUUCGCGCGCGUCCUCGCUGCUGCGCCCUGCCGUUACCGUGCCGCGGAACCUGGGGGCGGGCGAGGAGAACCUCUCAUCGCACGCGUCGACUUCGUGGGUAUCGGUGUCUCCGAAGUCCGUUUCGUCUUCGAGCCCGGUCGCUUCGUCGUGCGCCGCUUCCAAGCGAGGUUCGUUCUUCUCCAGGCCCUCGAUCCCGUUCCUUUGUGCCUCCUCGUUUUCGUAUCCUCAGUCCCAGCCGGUCAUGUUGCACGCGUCUCGUCCUUUUGCGGGCUCUUCGUCGGCGGCCUCGCACGCCUCCGAUGCGUCUCCGCGGUCGGCUAUCUGGUCCUGCGGCUCCGCUGUCUCCUUGGCCGAAAGCGCAGGAAGAAAAGAAGCGCUGGCGGCUUUGGCGCGAGCAGCGGACCCGCACUUGCCUCUCCAGCUCUACGUCUGGGGCUCGAAUCGGGGGCACCAGCUGCCUCUCGAGCCCGAAGAGCCGCAACCAACCUUCAUCGUACCCCACAGAGUCAAUCUGCUCUCUCUCGUCGAAGCGACCGUGCUCGCGAGACGCACGCCGUCCUUGUGUCACGCCGCCGGCGACCGCGCGCCGCCUGAGGCCCCGCGGCUCCACCCUCGGCUGGCGGGGCCGCCCCGCGCCUACCGCGGGCCCGGGACACACGGCGCCGGCGUGGGCUCCGCGACCGCGGCCGAAGAGGGCGAGAUGCGGCUGCGGACGGCACCGCCGGAAGCCGCGACAGGGGGAGCGCCGAGCGGGGGAGGGAGGGGCGGGACUUCCACGAGGCGAAACCCACCUCGCAUCCGUCGAGGACACUGGGUGCAGAGGGAACACCAGGGGACGGAGAGCCGCGCGCGAGCCGGAGAGUCGAGGGAGACCAUCGACGGAGACAGAAAGGAGAUUCCGAAGAGGGCGAGGAGCCCACAGGCGACGCAACCGAGGCGCGAGAGACGCCGGCUGCUCAGGCGACAACGGAGCGAGACAAAAAGGGAAUGGAUUUUGGGGAAUCGCAGGAAGAAGGCACAGGCGGCAGCACGAGUGCUGGCUGCGAGCGAAGACGCGCAUUCUUCUUCAGAUAGGGCGACUUCAUCUGCCACGUCCUCUCGAAAAGGAGAGACGGUAAAGUCCGCGGGAGCUCUUGGGCUCCAGCUUCCGCUCUCCUCGCGCGAAUCUGCGGGCGGGGGCGCGCAGGGAGAAGCUGACUCGAAAUCUCCUCUCCCUCCGCACAACCCCGCGACGCAGGCGGCGCUGCAAAACAUCCUCAACCGGCUUCAGCUGCGGGAGGCGAGUGUGCGCGAUUCGAGCCCUACGAACAGCGACGGUACGAACGUGACAAGUUUCAGCAACUACCUCUCUCCACUGUCUAUCCAACAGCGAGAUACCAGAGCCUGGAGCCACGACCUCCCGAGGGACGGCGGGGUGCUCGACAGCGCCUCAUGCGUGGAGCAGCGCGAAAGGGCGCUGAAGAUGCAGGCCGCCGCGCGGGCGGCGCUCGCGCACAAACUGCCUGUCUCUGGAAGCAGCUUUUGGGGAGACGCGGCGCUUGGGUCGCUGUGGGCGAUUCCCCCGAUGCCUGGUGGGAGGCACGCAGCGAGUCGACGCGUGGGGGCCGGCGCGGUCGCGGGGGUGAAUCCACUGCCUCGACGCAGGAAAGUGCAGCUUGCGCGCGGCGACGUCUGGAGAGCGAUUUGUUCAGUUAAAGUGAAAAGCAUCGCGGCGGGGCAGGAACACUCUCUCCUUGUCGUGGAAGUCGAAUACCUCGAGGGGCACAAGACGCGAAGGAGCCACGCGGGUCGAUCGCCGAAAGGAUCUUCAGUCGGAAGUCAGUAUCCGAGGACUCCAACCGCGAAACGCGAGGCAAACUAG